UAGUGUUCCUCAUACCCUCAUAGAGACAUUAGCCUAUUAACAAUAGAACCAGUUAACGCUAUGCAGUCGGGAAUAUUCAUAUCUUUCCUGUUACUUGCUUCGUUGGGAGAUGUUGAUUCAUUGGACUUCUCUGCAGCAAAUCGGGAUAAUUUUGGUCCGUUCGUCGCAAGCUGGCAUCACUACGAGGUGUGCCGCGGCCCGAAGCCGAAGAAUGACACGUUAUUCGUGACGGUUCUUGAGAGGCACGGAGACUCGUACGGGGCUUCCUUCAACAUCACCGCUUUCACCGCUGCUAGGUUGGAUAAGAUAAAAAUUUCGGUAUACACUAUCAAAGGAGGUGUCAAGCACUCUCUGCUAUGGAGUUAUAAACUGGACAAUCCUUGCCAGCAUCUGGUAGUGGGAGCUUUGUUUGAAUCCGAGUUUAACGCCAAGAACUGCGUGUUAACGAAGGGAUUUCACCAUGCUUAUUUAAAUUUCACAUCACUGGCGCAUGAUUUUUUUGGCACCUCUUUCUUUUAUGGAGAAUUUUUAUUUAAAGCUAUAAUUUUGUCGAAAACUGGAAAUAUUGGAUGCCUCAAUUAUAAUACAGUUUUCUCGAAGAAAGAAUGAAAUUUAAUUUAUAUUUUCAUUAUUAUUUAAAUGAAACCGAUUUAUUGAUAUAA